CUACUCAACUAUAUACGUACAAGGUUGUAGGAACAUCAAACCAUAUAGUGCCCUUCUCCUCCCUACUCCAUUAUAUACCUACACAAACUUCCAUUCCAAAUACACAACUCUCUUUCAAGUUCUCCAUAUAACUUCUCAUAUCUUCCUAACAAGUUUUAUACAUAACAAGCUAGCUAGCUAGCUAGCCCAAUGGAUGCUCAUCACUUCCAACCCAACACCUCCCUAAACUUGAGCCUCCACCACCCGAUGGACCACCACGAUCACGAGUACUAUGGCCAGGUGGUGAACCUCGACCUCGUCCUCGACCCUUACCGAUCUUCCUCUUCCUCCACGACUUCGUCCCCACGAGCUGCUCCGGCUCAUCACGAGCCUCGUGUCUUCUCCUGCAACUACUGCCAGAGGAAGUUCUACAGCUCCCAAGCCCUGGGCGGCCACCAGAACGCCCACAAGCUCGAGCGCACCCUGGCCAAGAAGAGCCGCGAGAUCAUGACCACCACCAGCAACAACAGCAGCUCGUCCACCGCGGCGGCCCUGGCUCGAGCAGCUCGCCAUGCUGCCGGUGGAGCCAAGAAGGGCGCUUACGCGGGUUCGAGCUCUACUGCUGCUGAUCAAUGGAACAGAAGCCACGUGCAGACGAAGAUGUCUUCGUCGUCUGCACGUGGCUCCAGAGAUAUGGAGGUCAUGCAGGAAUGUUAUGAAGAGCCGAACUUCGCGGUUGAUCGUGAUCGUAACUCGUGGUAUGUGGCUAUGGGGUAUAGAGAGAGCCAUGUUCAAGAGGAGUUCAGCGGCCAGCUUGACUUGUCCUUAAGACUAUAAAGUUUAAACGCACGUGCAUAGUGUACUAGUGAUGAAACUAAUCUCUUCUUCUCUUUUUUUUUUCUUCAAAUUUUUUCAAGUUUAUGAUUGGUUGAUCAUCCUGCCGCUAUGUUUUUAUCGGAAGCCGGGGUCACUAGAAUCAAAUUGAUCCAAUGGACUAUAUUAUCGUAUGAGUUUUGGAUGAAGUGUCCAACUUAGCGGUGUUGGGUUCGAAUUUAGUAAACGAUAUUUCUUAUAUUAUCUGGUUGAAAGUGCAAGUGGUAACAACAAAUUACUCAAUUAGUUGACCUUUGUGUGAAUGUCCUGAUUCUUCUGGAGAGAUGAGUGGAUGCACAGUUGAACAAAAAAUGUUUGUAACUGAUUAUUUCACGAAAGUCAUUGAAACUUGUUCCAUUGAACGACAAGUAUGAUUCUCCUUUGUCAAAUGAUCAGUUUUGCCAAGGGAACAACUACUAGAAUAACCGCAACAAUAAUCCCAAGACAAAACCAACGUUAUAUGUGCAAGGGUCAAUCAUAAUAAAGAUUCGUUGUUAGACUUCUCUUCCAAAAAUUGAAUCAUUCAUAGGUAUGAAUGUGAAUCCUUACUAUACACUUCAGAGCAUUCGAUAAUCAAAUUGAAUAGUAGUUUGUUUGGUUUCAAUCUAAUAGCAGCUCAAUCCGUAAUAUUUAUUGAAGCAUAAUAUACGGUGAAUUUGUGCAAGAUCUCAACAUAAACAUUAUCAUUUCUAAUUGAACGACAGAAAUGACAUAUCUACUGUUUGUAACUCUCCACAUAAGCAUAUCACACUUGUUUCAGUUCAUUUGAUAUAGUGGUAAUUGACUUUCAGCAGUACCCUUUUGCAAGGCGUUGCAACAACCAACAAUUAAACUCCAAAUCUGGAGAUAGUAGCUUCGAAUUAGAGGAUAGACUCUCUUUGUUCUCCCUAGAAAUCCUUGAAUCAAUAGCAGGGGGAAAAAAAACAUAAUUCCAAAUCCAUUAAGCAAAGAUUAAAUAUUGUUAAUUUCUUUACAUUAUAUAAGAAACAAUAUACUGAACGAGAGAUGUUUUUAAAUCAACUAAUUUCAAAGCACUAAUGGGUUGGUUUUUGUUUGAAGGUAUAUGAAAUGAAAUUAUUUAAGAUUGACUCGUUCUUGUACAGUUGUACCUCGUCCAAAUUUCCAAUAACUUUUCUCUACUCUACAAAUGUUUUUCAGAUUAAUUAACUACAAAAAUACUUUACCGCUCAUAAGUCGUGUUGUAGACAUCGAUCCUUCAUCUUUUUUCAUACACGCCAAAGCAACAUGAUGAUGAUUUGACUUAACAUGGUUAUCUCUUUAACAAAGUGACUGAUCUAUAAUAAACUCUAGCUAAUUAAUUAAGUAGCAAAUUACAGCAUGGAAAACAUGAUGUAAACUCUAGCUAGCUAUAGCUUGUAAGCACAAGAACAGCAAUACAUAGGACUGUUUUGAUUUGUAGCUAGGUUAGUUAACUUAUUAUAUGAAUUGGUGAAAGCCAGGGGGUGGCUCCGCGGAGAUAAUGUCUCCAUUCCCACAAUUCCAACAUUCUUUUUCUCCAUGAUUUGAUAUCUCUUAUGAUGAAGAAAAGAAGAAGAAGAAGAAGAAGAGAGUUUUGUGUUGGUUGGGUACUUGGGUUUUACUUGCUUACUUAGUUCAAUGACACAACGAUUAGGCAAAGUUCCCAUCACGUAAUCUCUAUUUGACCAAAGGGACAAAGGUCCCACACCAACCAAAACGUCCUUUCUUGUUGUUUUUGAAAACUAAUACUUUCUUAUUUAGCUCAAGUGAUGUGUAAUUGAUUUUGAUUAGCCAUGAAGUACAUGCACUAAAACUAAUGUGUAGUACUAGCUAGUGAUAAACCCCACCUUUAUCUUACCUCAAUGAGUGAAUUAAGGCGCUCCAAAGUA